AUACCUUAAAAGCAAUAUUGUUGGAGCAGCUGGUCUCACUGUGAGCAGCAGCAGCUGCUGCAUAGAGGGAGAGAGACAGGCACUGCUCGAGUUCAAAGCUGGUCUAAACGACACUACUUCAGGGCGGCUCUCUUCUUGGAUCGGUGAUGAUUGCUGCACAUGGAGAGGUGUGCUUCAACUUUAAUUUUCAAGGAACCCAUAUUCCAAAAUUCCUCGGUUCACUUCACAACUUGAAGUAUCUCAAUCUCUCUCUUGCUUCAUUCAGUGGAACAAUUCCUCCUCAACUUGGAAACUUGUCAAGAUUGCAAUAUCUUGAUCUCCAUUCUUCAGAUUUAACCGUCAACAAUCUUCAGUGGCUCUCUGGUCUAUCUUCUUCUUUGAGGUACCUAAACAUGGAAUAUGUGAGCUUUACAGGCAAGUCUUCAACUGAUUGGAUACAAGCUGUUACUAUGCUUCCUUCUCUGUCAGAACUACACCUGUCGUACUGUCAACUUUCCAACAUCCCUCUCUCAAUUCCAUAUGUUGCAAAUUUUACUUCUCUUCUAGUCCUCGAACUUGCUGGGAACAACUUUAACUCCUCAAUUAUUCCUCCCUGGAUUUCCAAUAUUACAAGUCUUACUGUUCUAGACUUAUCCUUUAAUAUGGACAUUGGAGGAAGGAUACCAAAAACUUUGGGCAAUCUUUGCAAUUUGAAACGGUUAGAUCUAUCAGAAUGCAAUAAUAUCAAUGGCGGAAUAACAGAAUAUGUGAAUAGUUUGUCUAUGUGCAAUUCUAAUAGCCGCUUGGAGACACUACAUUUGGAGUACACCCAAGUUUCAGGUAAACUACUUACCACUUACUCCUUCUCCUGGAACGUACCUUGUUGGAUCUUUUGUGGGUGCAUACUACGACCUCUCUUAAUUGAAACUUCUAUUUCAGGUCCAAUUCCUACAUCUAUUGGAAACUUGUCGUCCUUGAUAGAAUUGAGCCUCUCUUAUAAUACUCAACUUUCAGGUCCAAUUCCGGCAACUAUCGGAAACUUGUCGUCCUUGAGAACAUUAUACCUCUCUAAUACUCAAAUCACAGGUCCUAUCCCGAUGUCCAUUGGAGGAUUGUCAUCCUUAAGAUAUUUGGACCUUGCCUACAAUCAAAAAUUGGAUGCAAAUAUUCCUGAAUCGGUUGGGGAACUUUCAGAGUUGGUUGAAUUGAUGUUAACUGAGAGUUCUUUGAGGGGCGUUAUUUCAGAAGCUCACUUUAAGAAUCUCAAAAGUUUAAAAGUGUUAGACAUCGGCUCUGAAGUUCCAAAUAAGCCCUUGGUUUUUAAACCGAGCAGGGAGUGGAUUCCAACUUUUAGUCUAGACCUUAUCUAUAUGUCUGACCUACAAAUGGGCCCCAAUUUUCCUCCAUGGCUUGCAACUCAAAAGAACCUCUCCAGUAUAACUCUCAGAAACGUAGGAAUUUCAGACACCAUACCAGAUAGCGUUUGGAAUUUAUGUGCUAGGCAGAGGAUACAUACUUUGGAUCUCUCUCACAAUCAAAUCAGAGGGAAGGUACCAAAUUCUUUUGAAUUUUUCAAUGCAUAUAAAGUUGAUUUGAGUUUCAAUCAAAUCAAUGGUUCUCUCCCCCUUUGGUCUAAUGUCAGUUAUCUACUUCUUGGGACAAAUUUAUUCACGGGACAAAUUCCUCAGAAUAUUGGUGAAGUUUUAGGGUCUGGAGUAACCUCUUUAGAUUUUUCUGGGAAUUUUUUAACCGGGAGCAUUCCUUCUUCUAUAUGUCAACUACCCAGUUUGACGUAUCUUAUUCUUUCAAAUAAUAGUUUAGGGGGACAACUCCCUAACUGUUGGAAGGACAUGAAUGAUCUAGCAGUUCUAGAUUUAGGUAACAACAAUCUAUCAGGCAAGAUUCCUCAAUCAAUAGGUCAUUUGUCAUUAUUGGAAUAUCUAUUACUUAGUAGCAACAACUUUCAUGGCAAGCUUCCUUCAUCAUUGCGAAAAUGCACAUCUUUACGGAGUCUUGACCUUAGCAGAAAUGGAUUCACUGGCAAUAUACCAACAUGGAUUGGAGAAAGUCUAUCAGAAUUGAGUAUUAUCAGCUUUCGUUCCAACUUUUUCACCGAAGAAAUUCCUUCACAAAUCUGUAACCUUUCUAAGCUUCACUUCUUGGACCUCUCACAUAAUAAUCUAUCAGGACUCAUCCCACAAUGUUUGGGCAGUUUGAGUUAUCUAGAAUCAAAUGAGACAAGUCCUACAGGUCCUACAAAUUACAUAAGUUAUUAUGAGGAGCACAUGAUAGUAGUUACAAAAGGAAGAGAACUUGAAUACAGCUCAACUCUUGACUUGGUGAACAGCAUUGAUCUUUCAUACAAUCAUCUAUCAGGAAAGAUUCCAGACGGGAUAACAAGGCUGGUCUUAUUGGGUACCUUGAACUUAUCAAUGAAUCAUUUGACAGGAAAGAUCCCGGAGAAGAUUGGGGAUUUGCAAUAUCUGGAAACCCUUGACCUUUCCAGAAACCAACUUUGUGGUGAGAUUCCUCCAACCAUAUCUUCUUUAACUUUCUUGAGCCACUUGAACCUCUCACAUAACAAUUUAUCUGGGAAAAUUCCAUUAAGUAACCAGAUCCAGACCAUCAUUGAUUGUGAUGCAUCAUCAUCCAUUUAUACUGGGAACUCCGGACUUUGUGGGUGGCCCCUACCUAAUAAUUGCCCAGGCACCAACAUAUCUCCUCCAGCAUAUGAUGAUGGCAACGGUGAUGGAGAUCAUCAAAAUGAAGAAUGGAUGGAUAUGCUAUGGUUUUACAUUGGCGGCAUUAUGGGCUUCAUUGUGGGGUUUUGGGCUGUUUGGGGCACUUUAUUUUUCAAGAAGUCUUGGAGGAUUGCCUACUUUCGGUUUUUGUCAUAUUAUAUCGAAUGAGGAGAAUUG